CCUCGCAAUGGGCCGAGCCGCACUGCCGCGCGCAGAACUCGUGGAGGCAACGCGCUAAAAAAAAUGAGGAGAGCAGAGGAAGGGCGGAGCGCCGCCGGCCACACCAACAUCUCGUGGACCACGGGAGGGUCGGCACGGCCACAGCAAGAUCUCGGCGACCACGAGAGGGGCGGCGCGUCUCCACUGCCUUCUAGCCACACGGGCGGUCCGGCAACUCCAGAUUUUCCACGGGAGUGGAGCACGAGCGCCGCGGCGACUCCUCCGACGACCACGGCGGUGACCCCUUCUUCCUUUCAAUCCCGAUUUAACUCCUGAUUCGGCUCCCCUCCCUUGUGGCUCUCUUCUAGGGCGUUCGUCAUGGUGGUUCUGCUCCGUCUCGGGGUCUGCAAUCCGAGCCCAGCUGGGAGUCGGCCCGAGCCUCUCACUUCAUAAAUAUGAGGAGGGAUUCGAAGACCUCUCAUUUCAUCGCCAGAUCCAGUAAAGGCCGGAAGAUCGAUUGAACGAGACAUGUCUAAGCGUCACCACUCUGAACCCAACGGCGGCCGCACCGGAAAAAGGCCACGGCGUGUGCCAAAGAAGCACCUCUACCUGGUGCUGGAUGAUUGGCACAAGGGCUUCAGCUUCAGCAUCCACAAGAUCGACGUGGACGCCUUGCAGGACACCACCACCGACCUGCACCAUGGGUUCCCUGACCCUGCUGCCCUCCGGUUAGCCGCACCGGUAAAACGUCUUCACAUGGACUUCACCGCCAUGGGCAGCGACAUCUUCAUCACCACCAACCCAUGCUGUCCACACACUCCCGCCCUCGUGUUCGACACCGAGACGGCUGGGCUCACCAUGGGUCCCCGUCCACCGGUUCGACUCAUCGAUACGACCACCUUCACCGUGGCCGCCGACGGCACGCUGUACGCGUUGACGCAUCGCCAUGUCCAUGAGCAGCACUCCUUCGAGGCCAUGUCGUGGGCGCCAAUGGACAAGGACGAGCCGUGGCCGAGCCCAACCAUGAGGUGGUCCUGGAAAAGUGUGCCCUCGCCGCCACCAUUCGCCAUGGACGACGUGAUCACCUCUUACGCGCUGCACCCGGACGGGCACACCAUAUUCAUGUCUGCGCAUGACAUACGCUAUCAUCAUCUUCCAAAGGGCACCUUCUCCUUCGACACCAGGACUUCCGAGUGGAGGUUGCAUGGGGAUUGGGCUCUACCGUUCCAAGGACAAGCCUACUACGCCGACGGGCUAGACGCAUGGGUCGGGCUUCAUAAGGACGGGUAUAUAUGCUCCUGUGAGGUCGCCUCCCGCAGCAGCACAAGUGCGGUGGAGCUGGAGUGGAAGGUGACCAAGGAGAAGCUGUUCCACAAGGACCCGGAGAGGCGGCUGGCAUUUGCGAGGCCCAGUCUCGCGUACAUGGGCGACGGCAGCUUUUCCCUUGUGGAGUCUGUGCUACGCGAGGGAGUGGAGUUUAAGUGUGCCUUUGGUGACCGUGAUGGCUGUGUGCUCCACAUGAGCACGUUUGGUCUUAAGUAUGAUCGUAGGGGAGAACUGCAAACCACGCGCCACCACACUAACUCCUUUGUAGUGUCUAAGCAUCUCCAGACAGUUUCUCCUGUAGUGUUCUGGAUGUAGAGCUAUUCGUUGACAUGUUUUAUGCAAACCAUGUCCGAGAGUAAAGUAAGCUAUGUAUUAUAUGUGGCAGUAUAAAGAGAAAUAAAAAAGAAGUCCACUUCUCUUGGCAUUUUUGGGGAA